CCCAGGGGGACAAGAAGGCGCCGUCCAUCACCAUCGCCACGCUGAAGGCCUCUGUCCUGCCCAUGGCCUAGCUACUCAGGAGGCUGAGGCAGGAGGAUUGCUGGAGCCCAGGAGUGCAAGACCACCUGAACAAUACAGUGAGACAUGCAUCUCAAAACGGAAAAUUUGGAAAGCUUGGAAAAGUAUAAAAGGCAACCAGUACCUUCCUGUCCUGUGACAGGUGGCCAUGGCGGGCGUCACGCUUUCUCCCCCAGUCACAUUCCAGCUGCGGGCCGGCUCGGGCCCUGUGUUCCUCAGUGGCCAGGAGUGUUACGGUGCCUGCAGCUGUUGAUUCUCUGCUGCCAGACGCAGUACGUGAGGGACCAGGGUGCCAUGACCGACCAGCUGAGCAGGCGGCAGAUCCGCGAGUACCAGCUCUACAGUCGGACCAGCGGCAAGCACGUGCAGGUCACCGGGCGUCGCAUCUCUGCCACUGCCGAGGAUGGCAACAAGUUUGCCAAGCUCAUAGUGGAGACGGACACAUUUGGCAGCCGGGUGCGCAUCAAGGGGGCAGAGAGCGAGAAGUACAUCUGUAUGAACAAGAAAGGCAAGCUCAUCGGGAAGCCCAGUGGGAAGAGCAAGGAUUGCGUGUUCACAGAGAUCGUGCUGGAGAACAACUACACAGCCUUCCAGAACGCCCGGCACGAAGGCUGGUUCAUGGCCUUCACGCGGCAGGGGCGGCCCCGCCAGGCCUCCCGAAGCCGCCAGAACCAACGAGAAGCUCACUUCAUCAAGCGCCUCUACCAGGGCCAGCUGCCUUUCCCCAACCACGCGGAGAGGCAGAAGCAAUUCGAGUUUGUGGGCUCGGCCCCCACCGGCAGGACCAAGCGCACUCGGGGGCCGCAGCCCCUCACGUAGUGGCCAGCGGGGAGGCCGGGCCAGCUGCCUUCCCAGCCCUUCCCUUCCUGAUCCAAAGACUGGGCUGGGGUGGAGGGAGGGGAGUCAGACACCCCUGCAAGGACCCUGAGGACACAAAGCACCAGAGCCCCAGCUGGUGAGGGACAGGACUGCUCACCCUGGGCUGGCAACACACACUGGAAUAGGCCCUCUCCUGCCGGCAAGGGGCCAACCUGGGGACAGGAGCCAUUGCCACCCUGAUCUCAAACUCCAGCCUCCCUCCAGGCUGUCUGGCUGGCCUAAAGAGCUGGACCGGUCAGCAGAUUCGAGGCCUUGCAGACACCAUCUGCAGGUGUCUGUCCUCUAAUCCUGAUCCCCAAAUCUCCCUGUCUGUCCCCAGGGCCCAAACUACUCCAGGCCAGAUACACCUAGGAAGGGACUUUUUGUUUUGAUUCCAGAAAACGACAAAAAACAAAAGGGCUGGCCAUUCCCCACGUUCCACGACCCGGGCCCGCACUCCCACCCCAAGCCCCGAAUAAAACCAU